GUACACCCUUUGUUACUUCGUAACAAAACAAUAUCCAAUUCUGCUCAUCGGCACCAGAGAUUCACCGAAGCGACUUUGCAAUCUCUCGCCUCAAAUACCUAUCGCCAUGGCUCCAGGCAAACUCAAUCCCACCUCUCAACCUUUAGCUCCAUCGACAGCUACUUUUGAUGCUCCCGGAAGCUCAUUCAGUACUGGGAAAACAUCCGCUGUACUCCUUGACCAGAAAAAACCCGCUGCUAGUAUCUCAUCAAUCAAAACCGGUUCGAGUCGAUCUUCAUCUCCUCAUCCCGCUACAGCCAUGGCUUCAGCUAGUAUGAGUCCAACUUCUUCGGGAGGAUGGUUUGGUGGUUGGGGGAAGAGUAAACCCGUUCCUGCUGGCCGGCCAAGCACCCAUACUCGUUCCAAGAGCUGGUUUGCUGGUGGUAGUGGCGGUAAGAACGGCACUAGCGGAGACCGUGCUAGCAAAAAAGCAACAACCAGUCUCGAAGCCACGAAUGCAGGAAGCUCUACCAAUGGUACCACGGCUCCGAUCGAUAUCCCUACUGGAUCAACGCCUGAUCAAGCAAUUAAAGAGAAGGAAAAAACCGGAAAAGUACAAUGUCAAUCUACUUCUUUCCAAGGUCCAAGUCGGAAUCCCUCGAUGGAGGCGCUUGAAGCUACCAAUCAUGAGUCUGGCCAGAAAGCUAGUGAAGUGGAGAAGCUUUCUCUUGAAGAACAGCUUCAAAAAAGUGUCGAGGCUCAACUUUCCAGCCAACGAGAGCGCGAUCAGGCGAGAGAUGAAUGCAUAAGUUCCCAAGAAACUGUCAAGCAGCUCGAGAAAGAGAUCUCCUCUUUGCAUGCAGCUAAUCAUGAACUGCGAGUCGAGAGCACCGCGCUCAAGGAAAGCACGGAAGCACUCGAGAAAGAAGUCUCUUCCAUGUACACGACGAUUGAUGAAUUAAAGGCCGACAAGGAAAGCAAAGAACUCGAGAUUUACGCUUUGCAUGCGUCGAUACAUGAUUUGACUGCCGAGAACAUCUCCCUCGCUGAAAGCAAGGAAGUCCUUGAGCAGGAUCUCGCGGGAGAACAGAAACGCGGACAACAAAACCUCCAAGAUACACGGCAAGCAUUACAGAAAGAGCUCGACACCGCGAAAUCCCUGUUCGCCGAACUGGAAACCAAGGAAGCAACGCUGCGCGAUGCUCUACAGUCAACCCAGGACACACUGAAAGAAGAGAAACUACGCAGCCGCGAAAUGGACAUCAGACUGGAAGAGCGACGCGCAUCCGAAACCAAACUGGAAGCAUACCUCCGCAGCGAGCUCGAGAAGUCCCAAACACUCGCUCAACAGCAAUCCAAAGAUCUUGAAAAGCUGCGCGAAGAACACGUGCGUUUGCAACUCGAAAAACCAACAAAGAAGCACAAGAUCACAAAGAACGAGCUGCAGAAACUCUCAAUUCAGAAUGUGGAGCUCACAAGACAGCUGCAACACGCGCAAGCCGAGUCUAAGCAGCUCGCGAUAAACCUCGCAAACAUCGAGAAGAACAAGAAGAGUGACACGGAAGCAUCCAAGUUGAAGUUCAGCCUGAGGGAUAUAGUCCGGAGGACCAAGAACGACGACCCUUCCAGGCCUUUAACAUCGCAUGGGAAGCUGAAGCAGGAAGCUGCAAGGCCUCUAACCUCCCGUGCGGAUCGGAGAAGUAUGAUUAUCUAGACUGAUCGGAAACACAACAACCAUGUAAAUAGUCGACUUUUGUACACGCAUUGCAAAUUAUUGAAAAGCCUGCAGGCAGGAAUGGGCGAAGCAGUAGUUGCGAUCUACGAAAUUAUGUAUAUACCUCUCAUUAGAUAUUUAUGAACCGUUUUUGCUUUGAUAGAUUAUUUUACACGCCUAGAAAUGUUGUGUUCACUCUUUUUGUGUUGUUCUUGCGCAACAAGUUGGCACACGCUCGAUGAUUCUAGGUCCGCAUUAUACUCACCUAUGGAGAUACCCUGCAUGACGAAUAGAGAAAUCACGUGGAACCCUUUCGUUUCUCUCAUCGGAAUAUUGCUACUACUAUCGCAAACUUUCGGACUG